AACAUCCUCCUCGCUCACCACCACUUCACCAUCCACAUCGAUCACCUCAACAAAAACUUAAACCGACCGACCAAUCACUGGGAAACGAGAUCACUCAGCUCGACUUCAUUCAUCAUGGCAGAUAACGAUUCAACAUCUUCCCCCCAAUUCGUCUUGCCUGCUAUUCAUGACCAUCCAGACGCAUGGGGACCAUCUCCAACAGCGCUUCCAACCCAAUUCAAAGAUAUUCCGUAUGCGCCUUUUUCAAAGUCUGACAAGAUCGGUAGGAUCGUUGACUGGAAUGCAGAGAGCGGACAGCUGAGUGUCGGAGCGAAUGCUCAUCAGCGAGGAUUCCGAGCCAAUCGGGGAUCGACAAGAGAGGCCUAUGGGGCCGGCCAGGGCGGAACGUUUGCGUAUUUCCACGACGAGGAUGAGGCGAGUUUCAAUCUAGUGGGCGGCGGGACGGGCUCGAACCGAGGCACGGGUGGGCUGAUGGGCCUCAACCGAGGGGCCCGUGGACGGGGCAGUAAUCUCAGAGGGACCGCCGGCAGAGGGCGUGGGGCCGGCGGCAGACUCGAGCGUGGAUCUGGUGCUCGUGGUGGGGCGGGUAGGAGGGGCGGUCAAUGGGGCAGAGGCGGCGGAACUUGGAAGGGCGAUUGGGGCGAUCGUAACUCCCGGAUUCGUGAGAGUACAGUCGUCAUCGGUCAAGAUUGGCAGGUUCUCGAAGAGAUCGAAUUUUCUCGAUUGGCUAAGUUGAGACUGGAAGUCGAUGUCGAUGCGGCCGAAGAUGUCUCCACCCACGGUUUCCUCUACGAAUACGAUCGAACCUACGACCGUAUCAAUACCAAGAACCCCCAGCCACUCCAGAUUCUUGAUCGAUCUCGAUACCAUCCUACUGCAUCUGAGGAUCCAAUCAUCCAGGAGCUGGCUGCUCAAAAUAAAGCACAAGUCUUUACGACCGACUCGGUUUUGAGCUUGCUCAUGUGCGCCACUCGAUCAGUCUAUCCUUGGGACAUUGUGAUCAUCAAGGAGGGGGGAAAACUGUUUUUGGAUAAGAGAGAAGGAGGUCCUUUUGACUUUUUAAGCGUCAAUGAGAAUGCAGCCGAUCCGCCAGCAGAAUCGGACAAGCCGGAUUCCCCGAAUACCCCAUCGGCCUUAUCGCUCGAAGCGACGUUCAUCAACCAAAACUUUGGCUUACAAGUGGUGAAGGAAGACCCGAAGACGGCCUACCAAUUCGAGCAGCCGAACCCGUUCUACGGGCCGGACGAGACGGAGCCGUGUGCCUCGGCCGGUCUUCGUUACCGAAGUUUCGAUCUCAGCUUGAGCGAGGAAGAGGAGAUGACUCUGAUCAUCCGGACCGAGGUCGACGCCGUCCUCCGCGGCCCUAAUGCUACUAACGUCAAGGAACAGGGCGGGAACGAUGAGGACAGCUUUAUUACCAUCCGAACCUUGAACGAGUUCGACUCUAACAGUCAAGGUAGCGGCGGGGCCCCUAACUGGAGGGCUAAGCUUGACACUCAACGUGGGGCUGUCGUGGCUACUGAAAUGAAGAACAACUCGUGCAAACUGGCCAAGUGGGCUGUUCAGAGUAUCCUGGCAGGCGCUGACCAGAUGAAGAUGGGUUAUAUCUCGCGAGCCAACCCACGAGAUGCUUCGCGUCAUGUCAUCCUCGGUCAACAGUGGCUCAAGCCCAAAGACUUUGCGGCCCAGAUCAACGUCAAUUUGUCGAACGGAUGGGGGAUCGUUCGGACGGCGAUCGACCUCGCUUUCAAAGCCGAAGAUGGCAAAUACUUGCUGAUGAAAGAUCCCAACAAGCCUGUUGUACGACUCUACAAGGUGCCUGAAAACGCAUUUGAUCUUCAAGAGGAUGAGGAGGAUGGGGAAGAGGCCGACGAGGAUGAUGAACUCGACCUGGGCACUUGAUCCCUCUCCCCUCCCCCCUCUUCAAAAAAUAUAACCAAAAUACAGUUGUUCAUUUCAACCCAUAUGAUCUGUGCACCGAAAAUAAAAGGAACAAAGAAAUCUAGAUCUUAUGCGUUGUUUAUUUUCUUUUCUUGUCUUUUGAAUUUCUCAAUCAAUCUAUUCGAUCAUGUUACAUAUAUAAAUAUAUAUAUAUGGCCUGGCUCGUUGGGGCAGGAAGAGAUAGGUUUUCCGGAAUCUUACGUGCGAGUUCCCAUCAUUGGUCGAUGGUUUAUAGGAGGCAGCUUGGCUUGUUACUCGAAUCUAUUAGAAAAAAAAAUACAUUUCAGGAUUGGUUUAUACAUAUUUGAUGGAUCAACGGUUCUUGCGAAGACCUGUGGGCCC